AUGAAAAUACGUCUUCUGAUGUUUCUGCUCCUGUUAUGGUCGCUGGAAGUGUUCGGAAGGAGAUAUCGCAAGAAAAAUGAGGUUCGUCCUUUUAACUUGUUCUGUGGAUAAAAGCGUAAGAAUGAAAGCAAGAGAAAGUGAAGAAGAGCAAAUUAAAAAAUGUUUUAUCUAGCACACACAUGGGUGUGUUUCGUGCAGAAAGCAAUUUACUGGCCACGCCAAUUGGGGUUUAUGGUUAAGCCUCGUCUACACUUCGAACAGCCGGAAAAGUACCUCCAUUCUUAGGAAUUCCCGACUUUUCUUUAUUUCUAGAUUCAGUGCACAGGCUUUAAAAAGAAUAUAUAUAUUAUCAGAGACGUAAGUAUUUAUUACUGAUCAAAAAACAAAUCAAAGCAUUCCCCAAAACCAAAGAAUCCUUAAAAUAUCGAGACCAACUGGCCAUGUGAAAGCGUGCGAAAUCGCUCAUUCCAGAAUCAAAAAAGUUUGUGAAAUCCAGGGCGACGAGCAAGUUUUUUUCUAUUCCCACACAUUCACGUCAUCUCAAAAAAGAGAAAAUUCCCCCUGAAGUUCGAUCCUUUUGUGAUGACGGGAAAGUUGGGAAACUUAUUUUUCCUAGUUUUCAAAUGAGAAUGAACAAAAACAAAAAGAACAAUUCGACAGUGACAAAUUAUUCCGCAGCUGUGUGCGCGGAACAAUAGUGAAAUAGUCCCAAAAUAAUACUCAAGUCCGAGACUCCAUUUUUGUUCGUAAUGUCAUUCAUUCUCUAUUGGGUAACUCUAGAAGUCUGUUCACAUUUGAAGGGUAUCAAAAUUUUCAGUUUGAAAAACUUCGAGAAAGUAAAAGGAUGGAUGAAAAAUGAUAAAAUUGACAGGUGAGCUUGGUAAAUUUGUGCGACGCGAACCUGCGAUUGCGCUGCCUUUCGGCGAGGACAGACCUGAAGGAUCGGUACCUGGGACCUUCGAAGAGCUACAGCUUCCGCUUCCACGACAUCGACCGAGGUCUGACGUCUCCAGACAAUUCAGGUCGGCUGCCGGAAACGGUCGACCUGCUUGAGUGACACCAGGCAUUUUUUGUUUGAGACCUUGCCUUGAUUGUGAGUCGAGGUUCGAGAAGUUCUAGAUUCUCUAGGCUAAAACACCUGAACUGGUAUUAUGAUUGAACCAAGUUUUUAUCGGCAAAUAAUGGUGAUGCUAUGAAACCAUCAUACAUUGAUGUGAACUAUCAUUUUGUAGGGUUCGAGACAAAAAACCAGUUGAAAAUAUAUUAAUUUGCACAUUACAACUUUGUCAACUUUCAAUCAGAGUUGCAAAAUUCAGGUGACAUGCAUUUCUGGUGCGACGCCUACGGACUUUUCGGCUUUUUUGAGAUUUUCGACGUCUUCGGCCGUCUUGCCCCUAGCCGUCGCAAUCAAACCUGGUAAGUUGAAUAUAAUCAGUUGAGCGCCUAUCUUCUUUUACUUUAAACAAGUUAAAAUCUCUAAAGGUUGAUAAAGAACGACGGACUGUACUACGAGAACGAGGCAAAUCGGGUGCGCGAGUGGCAAUGGAUUUAUCCGCCUUUCGACUCUUAUGCAGACGACUCUGACUGGCCUGCCUAG